AGAGAAGCAGAGGAACAGCGAGCGGAUUCACUCACUCGCACCCAGGGCGGCAGCUGCCCUGCCCUGCCGUGCCGGCGCUGGCCUGUCCACCACCACUUGCUUGCUUGAUGGAGCUAGCUCGCCUCCCCCACGCCACGCCAUGCACAUGCCUCCGCCGCUCCAGCCCGCCUCCUCCUCCUCCGGCUACAACUAGGGCCCCUCCUCCCUCCUCCACUCCUCCCGACCCCUGCCAGGCGCCGGCACCUUUCCAGAUUAAUUGCGCCGCGCCACGUCGCCGUCGGCCACCACAUCCCUACGCACGCCAUAUAUUACUAUAGACUAAGAGAGGGCCAUCGCCGUGCGAGCGGAAGCAAGGGGGCACCUGCCUUGCCUUGCCUGCUACUAGUAGCGCUCCCCCGCCCGCCCCGCAUGGCUGCACCCGCCGCGGCCAAGCGCCCCUGCUGGCCCCCCGCCGCCGCCGCGGCAGCCGAGCCCAACAAGCGACACCGGACAGCCGCCGCCACGCCCAUGGACGCCGCCGCCGGCGCGGAGGCGGAGCGCUCCCUGGCGCACGCGCAGCGGCGGCAGCAGCGGGAGCACCAGCAGCAGCACCACCACCACCACCAGCUCCUCCUCCCGGGCCUGCCGGACCACCUGGCGCAGCUCUGCCUCGCGCCGCUCCCACCGCGGCUCCUGCGCGCCGUCUGCCGCCCCUGGCGCCGCCUGCUCUACUCGCCCUCGUUCCCGCCGUUCCUGUCGCUCUACGCGGUCCUCGACGACGGCGCCGACGGCCGCGUCUCGUUCGCGGCCUACGACGCCGUCGCGGGCCGCUGGGACGAGCUGCCCGAGCCGCCGAUGCCGUCGCCGCCGCCCAGGCUCUGGCACCCGUCCUUCCUCUCCCGCCGGCUGCCGCUCCAGUCCGUGGCCGCCGGGGGCCGCCUCGUCCUCGUCGCGGGCUCCACGCAGUCGCUCAGCCCGGCGCUGCCCCGCCCCAUGGUGUUCGACCCGUCAGCGCCCACGCCGCGGUGGCAGCUCGGCCCGCGGUUCCCCUUCGCGCCGCGCAGGUGGUGCGCCGCGGGGAGCGCGCGGGGGCGCGUGUUCGUGGCCGGGGGCGUCGGCGCCGGCUACGACGCCAACGACGCCCGGUCGGGGGCGGUGUGGGACCCAGCGUCGCCGGCCGCAGCGUGGGAGCCGCUCCCGCCGAUGCGGGACUGCCGGUUCAGCCGCGACGCCGCGGAGGCGGUCUGCUCCCGCGGGAAGGUCUGCAUGGUCAGCCUCCGCAGCCGCGGUGCCAAGGAAGGCGCUGUGUUCGACCUUGGUGCCGGCCGGUGGGAGGACAUGCCGCCUGGGAUGCUCGCCGGGUGGAAGGGCUCCGCCGCCGCGGCGUCCGCCGGCGGCGCCGAGACCAUCUUCGUGGUGGACGAGGAGCGCGGCGCGCUGAUCGCCUACGACUGGAGCGGCGACCGGUGGAGGACGGUGGCCGAGUCGGAGCGGCUCAAGGGCGCGACCGAGAUGGCGGCCGGCGGCGGCCGUGUCUGCGUGGCGGCCGAGGGCGGCGUGAAGGUGAUCGUCGUGGACGUGACGACGCCGAAGCCACCACGGAGGGCGGGAGGGCCCGCGGCUGCGCCGCGCACGUGGGAGGUGGCGGCGCCGGCCGGGAAGCGGGUGGUCGCGUUGCACGUGCUGCCCAGGAUGACUCGGGCGGAGUAGCAGCCGGCUGCCGCCUGCCGGCGGCCUCCCGCCACGUCCGGAACCGUCUGGGUGGGAUUCGGCGAUUCGGUACACACGUGCUGCUGCUGCUCCUGUACAGGGCCAUUGCCUUCCUUCUCCUCCUGCUCAUGAUCCGAUCCAACGCCAUUUUUUGUUGAGAUUUUCCUUGCCGAGUUUGAUUCAUAUUUUCUGUGAGAUGAGACCCUUAGCAGUUAGUUUUUAUUUUUUUUGAAAAACACACACACAUACGAAUCAGUUUGAACUUGAAUCGAAGCUCCAGAAGCUGCAAUUUUUUCUCGA